AUGCGUACAAGCUGGCCAAUGCAUCUCCACAAUAAACCCACGGUUGCACGUCUUGGGGAACUCCGCCCACGAGGCAGGAGGGUGUCUGUGUGGGGCUGCACACCUCACAGCCACGAGGGGGCUUCCUGUUGCCUCAGGCAUCCCCGUCCACACGAAGGCUUCAGAGCCCCUCACUACGUGCCACCUGUCCAUCAGGAGCGUGGUCCGCACACCUCCUGCCAUACCCCCGUCAAAAGCGCGGUUUCCGAAAGGCGGAAGUCACCUACAGCUCUGGCCCCCGGACCCAAGAAAACCUCAGCCCCACCGGCUCCUCAAACCCGACGUCUUAUGGUCCCGGACCAGUGUUGCGCUGCGCCCCUUCCCCCGCAGUCGACCUCGUCCGGUCAAGCCGCCGACUUCUCAGCCCAUUCUGUAGCCCCGCCGGCCUGGCUCCGCGCAGACCCGGCUGAACAACCGGACACCGAGGCUUCCGAGCUGGCGAGCGCGGCUAGCUUCCGGCAGCCCGCUACCAUGGCAACGGCGCCGCAGACCCCCCGCGCUCGGGACCUACUGCGCAAGACAGGAACAUCCGCCCGGCCCGGCCCGGCCCGACCCGGAAGAGAAAAUCAUAAAGGGUUGAAAAUGAGUUGCCGUUUCCAGGAAACUAUGGGCAACUUGGUGCAACGCUCCCACUAUGCCUUGGGCUGAAGAAUUACCCAGAAGGAUAUAAGGUGUUCAGAGUCCUCCAGACCAGCAAAGCCCUGAGGCCAGGAAUCAAAGGCAAUGGAAGG